UUCAGUAGCUCUAUGAGAGUACAAUCUGGAAUAACCAAUGAGAGCACUCUGGGUAUACCAACAUAGACACUUCAUAUGGGAUGAUGGUAUUUCAUUUCUGAAUGUUGAAGCGCCCUUAAGUGUCUAAGCAACAGGAGGGGGUUAGGAAUCUCUGUGGCUGUGGAGCUGAGAUUUUCUUUUAUUAACCUGUCUGGCCAGGAGGGUUCUAUUUUUUUCCAGGAGGAGGGAGCUUUGGAAAAUGAACAGUACAUCCUUUCUAGGUUCCACUUUCUCCGGCGGGUGCAAAUUGGGCAAUGAAAGUUGUAAGAAGGUUCUGUUUCGCCAUUACAGAAGUUUGUGCAGGAUACAUCUAUCAAGGUAAAGAUUAUAAAAUAAUAACGUAAAACAUCUGUUUUUAAGGACAACGCUGGUGCUACAAGUGGAAUCACUUAUUUGCUGAACAGUUCUAAUUACUAUGACAUUCCAAAAAAAAAAAACUAUCUAGACUAUAACAUCCUUUACUACUACUGGGUCUCAGUAUGAACAUUUGACCUUAUAUAGCAAUUUUGUUUCAUAAACUUUAAAACAAUAUACAUAUAUUUUUUAAUAUAGUUAAAAAAAAUAUGGAAAUGUCACAUCAAGCUUUCUUGGAACAUUACUCUAGAAAUGCAUCUAGCAACACCUCUAACCCAAUAACAUUUUCUAUGGAUGAUAUUAUUGCAACAUCUGCCAUUGGCAUUCUGCUGUCAUUAAUGUGCGUAGCUGGCGUUGUGGGCAAUUUCUAUACACUGGUAGUAAUGUGUCUCUCCAUGACAAGUUUUAGCUCAAUGUAUAUUCAUAUAAUUAACUUGGCAUUGGCUGACCUCCUUUAUCUCUCAACCAUCCCAUUCAUUGUACACAAUAGCUUUGUUAAAGAUUGGUAUUUUGGAGAAGUUGGUUGUAGGGUACUUCUGAGCCUGGACCUUUUGACUAUGCAUGCCAGCAUCUUCAUCUUAACUGUAAUGAGUACAGAAAGAUAUAUUGCCGUAACCAAACCAUUUGAUACUGUCCGGAGGUCAAGAGGUUACCGUAAAAGUGUUGCCUGUGCCAUUUGGGUGAUUUCUUUCCUUCUCACUUUGCCCAUGAUGCUUAUGAUACAUCAAGAGGAAAGGAUUUUGGAUAAUGGGAGCCUCGGGAAGUUGUGUACACCCACCUGGAGUGAUGAGCAAUAUAAGAUUUAUCUCACUGUGUUGUUUACUACCAGCAUUCUUGCCCCUGGAGUCAUCAUUGGCUAUUUGUACAUUAAAUUGGCAAGAGCUUACUGGAUUUCCCAGACCAAAAGCCUCCUUAACAAGGAACUUCAGCGCUCCCCAAAACAACGAGUCAUAUUAAUGAUUUUCAUUAUUGUACUUGCCUUUUGGGCCUGCUUUCUACCCUUCUGGCUUUGGCAGCUAGUGCCACUCUAUAGUCAUGAAGAGCUUAGAGUAUCAUUCCAGACAGAAAUCUACGUCAACCACCUUGUCACUUGCCUCACCUAUGGCAACAGCUGCAUCAAUCCCUUCUUGUACACUUUGCUUUCCAGAAACUAUAAGGAAUACUUACGCAAUAGGCAGAAAGGAACAAACGGAUCCCUGUGCCUCAAGAGUGGGGCGGUAUCUGGUGGAAAUCCAGCAAGGAGGUCAUUGUCGGCUGGGAGUCAGAAUUGUACAGAGACCAUUACAGUUAGCAACAUGAGAGGUGCCUAUGAGAGCAGCAAAAUAUAAAUAUAUAACAGCCUUAGGAAAUAAUAAGAAUAUAACACAAACUGGUGGUGCGGCUGUAUGCUUGGUCUGGCUGCAGCUAUAAAAGUCUCUGGAUAUUGGGAAAGAAAUGGCUGGUGAAAAGCCAAAUAAAACACUUCAAUAUGGACUAAUACAAAAGCAAGCAAGACUACCACUCUCUGCAGAAAACCAAUGGAACUUGUACACUGUUGAUCAGUUAUUCUGAGAAGAAAUUUGUUAUAGCUGGUGGUAAAUAAUAUAAUGGUAUAUAAUGUCAUAAGCCUAAUACAGAUUGCUAAGCCGUAUGAUCCAUUUUAUGUUUGAGCGGACAUUUUGUAAUGCAGUGGUUUUCAACAUCUUAUAAAACGCUCCCGAAUCAGGAACCUCCACCAGUUCUGCUUUUAUUUAUUACCUUGAACAAUGAUUACAGUUUAUAGUAACCCUUAAAGGAUUUAAACACAUAAGUAAAGUCUGCUCGGGAGACACAAUGCAUUGCUACGUCUGAGCAGGGCAUUGUCACUGAGCCAAUCAAAAGCAGCAAACAUACGUAGCCAACAAUCACUGGCUGCACCCUGCAGAUUUAAACUAUGUAACUAUGUAUUUAACAUCUUUGUCGAAGUCAAAUGCAGAAGCAUUAAACAUGUAAAUAAGCAGUUUGAGAAAUUUUAUUAUCCAAUAAAAUAAUGUAGAUACGAUUACAA